AUGAAUUCUAGACAAGACUCGGAGAAAAUCUUGAAUUCCUAUGGAUUUUUUGUUUCACCGGAUGAAUUGAAUCCGGAAGAGACGCUUGAUGCACGUAUUGUUCGCCGGCGAGAACAAAAAUGGCUAGACAUGUUUGCGCGUUGGACAUAUUUCAUUCCAUCUCGAUUUGACAAAGUCAAAUCACGUUGCCGAAAAGGCAUACCAGCAUCUGUUCGUGGACAAGCAUGGUACCAUCUGUCCAUGGCCAAAUAUCGACAAGAGAACGCCGAUCGGCAUUGCCUAUCCGGACGACUGUUUUCAUAUUAUUUGACAAAGAAGCCCGAUGCACGUAUUAUUGACGAUAUCAAUAAAGAUCUACCACGAGCAUUUCCUGAACAUGAAAUGUUUCAAAGUGAUAGUUGUGGACAACAAAGCUUAUCUGAUGUUCUCACGUCCUAUGCUGUUCAUGAUCCUGAGGUUGGAUACUGUCAAGCGCAUGCACCAAUCGCAAGUAUUCUAUUGAUGCAUCUACCGCCCGAACAGGCAUUUUGGGUGUUUGUACAAAUCAACGAAGAAUAUGUGAAAGGAUAUUUCAGUGAUCAAUUAAUGGCAGUGAAAGUCGAUGCAUUAGCAACCGGUAUACUUGUCGAGCAAAUCUCGCCGAAAGGUUAUCGGUUACUUAGUAAACUCAACGUUGACCCGUUAUUAUACACAAUUGAUUGGUAUAUGACACUAUUUUCUCGUACUUAUGCUGCCCCAAAGUUGUAUCGUAUAUGGGAUAUGUUCUUUUGUGAAGGUGUCAAAGUCUUAUUUCGUAUAGCUCUUGUUAUCGUACGCGAAACAUUAGAAGUUGGCCCAUCGAGUAUCGUUCAACGCGCUCAUCGUUGCGAUAACGACAUGGACCUAGCUGCACUUAUCAAACAAACCGCAAAGCAAAUUCCACUUGAUGAUUUGAUUGAGAAAAUGGCUAAACUUCCAGUGACCGAUCUCGAUCUUGCUAAAGCAUGUAAAAAAGCACGACAACAGCUUGCUGAAGAUUUGCAAGCAAGAGCAAAUCGAAGAAAAUAG